AUGGCGCCUACCACCGGCCAACCCAAAGCAUACGCCAGCAAGAACGCGGGUGCGCUGGCUUCUACCACUAUGCAAAUGGACUUUGGCGCGUGGAUGCAAGCCGAUACGACAGCAAGCUCGGCAAAGAUCCGCGAUCUACUUGCCAACGCAAAGCGCGAUGUCCUGGAGGCUGAGAAGACCAAGGCACGCGAAGAGAUCCGGCGACAGACCGCUGAGAUAAAGCAGAGGCUCCGGGACAAGCCCUGGCUCGCGACUAAUGCUACAGUCCUAGAUGAGCUCGCAGCAGUUGCAAGUGAAGCACAAGUGGAGCAUGUCAAUAGGCUCACUACUACCUGGACUAAGCUGGGGGACGAGGUGCAGAGCGCCCAGAAGCGACACGAAGUUCGGAAAUCAGAAAUGGACGACGAGCUCACCGACAAACGCCGAAGCCUGGUCGCGACACAGCAGGAGAUAGCUCGUCUCUCGGGUGACCGUGAUCACGCAAAACAGGCUCUUGCAGACAAGUUGAAGGAGAAGGAGGCCCUCGUCGAGAUGGUCGCAGCGGAGCAGCUUCAAUUGCAGAAGGCCAAGACCGAGCACGAGGGCCUCGUCAAAACCCGGCAGAGCGAAGAAAGACGUGCCCACGACCUUGCUGCCCACAUUAAGGAACAGGAGUCGAAAGUCUCAGCUGUGCAGGCCUCGUUGGUUCAAGCUGAGGAGGAGAGCAAGUCUCAGCUCCAAGCUCGAGAGCAAGAGCUUGCCGGCCUUGCCGCGAACAAGCAGUCAUUGACAAGUACGAUUCAGGAGAAAGAAGAAGUUGUGCAGAAGCUGAAGCACGAGCACGAGGGCCUAGUCUCGCAGCACAAGAAAGCACUCAGCGCGUUGAAGGACGAGCAGCAGGGCAUCGUGGCACAACAUGAGCAGGAGAUGAGAAAGCGGAAUGUUCAGCACAAUGAGCUCGUCUCGAACAGAAAAAAAGAGUUUGAUGACCUGCAGCAGCAGCAUGAAGCUCAAGUUGAGCGUCACCGAAAACGAAUAAACCAUCUCAAUAACGAACACGACAAGCUUAUCGCACAGCACAAGGAAGAGGCGACCAAGCUGAGACGUGAACACGAGGCCCUCGUCCAACAGCAGCAGGGACAGACAACUGAGUUGAAGCAAAAGCACGAUGCCCUUGUUGAGGAGUGUCGAGCGGAACGAGCACGACAGGAGGCCCUGGAGGAGCGCAAGGGUCGCCUCGAGCGACUGGUUACCAGAGUGGAAGAACAAGGUCACGACCUGCGGAUGUCAAGCGGGCGUCUACAAACGACCAAGCGUGCUGCGAUGUUCCUCGUGGCGAUAAUGAUGCUCAAGAUACGUGCCUUGCUCCGCGGUCACGAUCUCGCUCACAGGAGGCAGAGAGGCCGACUCCACGCCAGCGUCUCCAUCAGCCAAGUCCUGCAUGCGCGCGUCUCCUCACUCGAGGGCGACAAGCAGGCCUUGCUCAACGAUACAGCUACUCUAAGAUCACAGCUGCUGGAUUGGAAAGAUGGGGUUCGACUACUGCAGUUGCAGCUUGGUCGGGCAAAAGGCAUGCUCAAGGCCAAGGACGCGUCAAUUCGAUCGCUCAACCGUCGUCUGAUAGAGCAGGACGAGGCCUCCGUCUCCAUGGUCGCAGCACUCUCGGUCGUGUUGCAGGCCUCAUACGUGAGCCUCGGUCAGCACAGGAAGCUUGUGCCCAUUCAGAGGCAGCGAAUCACUCGACUGCAUAAUGCGAAUACGUCCCAGCACCAAUCGUCCGCGAAUAGAGAGUCAGUCCUCGUCCAGCAGAUUCAGGGCUUGCAACAGCAGGUGGCACAGGCUGUCAAGGAGUCGACCUGGCGUACUCGCAAGGGACGCAUUCAAGCGAGAAAGGUUCGCGCCCUUCGUACGAAAGCUCACCAGCUCCAGGGAGACAACCAAGCCCUGCGCUCGAACAUGCAUGAGAGGAGCCUUGAAUUACAGUCACAACUUGACAAAGCAAAAGACCAAGUCCUGGUUGCUCGAAAGGAGGCCUCAAUUGCUGAAGUCCGCCUUUUCCAGGCAGACGAAGAUCUAGCCAACAUGGCGAGCGAAUGCCACGAGCUGGAUGAUGAGAUUGACAAAGCAAAACAUCAAGUCCUGAUUGCCGAGCAGGAGGCCCUGGUCGCUGAAGUGUGCCAUCUCCGGGCAGACGAGGAUCUAGCUAACAUCGCGAGCGAAUGUCACGAGCUACACGAUGAGGUGGAGGAGCUCAACCACGCCCAGUCCUCGUUGCUUUCCCGACAGAGCGAGCUUGAAGAUGAAUUAUCGAGCGUGGUAUUGUGUCUCAUUGAUCUUACCAAGCAAGCCCGGGGCCUCAUCUCCGAGAAGAACGUCCAGAUCGCAACGUGGAGCGAUGAGGCAGGCCGAUGGAAGGAAGCGUAUGUCUUGAUCAAAGCUGAUUGGGUGGAGGAUCGGGAGUACAUAGAGGAUCAAGACCUCGUCAUCGAAGAACUUGAGGAGCAGGUUGCUGAGUUGGCAACUGAGCACAAAGACGAGCUUACAAGUGCAGGCAUCCUGGCCGAAGCCCAAGAGAACCAUGUCCACAAGCUGCGCGCCGAUGUGAGGAACGCCAAUGCCACCGUCCAGCUCACGACACAGCAAACCCAAGCUCUGGGCCUACUAGUUGCAGAGCAAGGCAUAGCACUUCAUCUCCGGCAGCAGGCCAUUGACCAGGCGGCCGAGGUGAACAAAGGUUUGGUGCGCUCGGGCAAACGUGUCACCUACCAGGGCCGGCACUGUCGAUCGACUGCUGUAGGAAUGGAGGAAGUGAUCGGCACUGUCCUCAAGGAGGUACUACAGAACAUGACGAGCAUGAAGACGAAGUACGAGCGUCGCCUCCACCAAGCAUCUCAAAGAGCUACUGCCAAGGACAAGACAUACCAAGACCUGCUGGCUCGUGCACGCAUAGAAUUUGUACAGCAACAGAGGAUGUACGAGGACAAGAUCUACAAAUUGAUGCGACGAGGCCCUGCUCCUAUCGCCCAGACAGCAGUCAAGCGGCUGUUGCUGGCGGUCGCGCAACAGCUGGAGAUGGAGCACGAAGAAAAGACUAGGCUCCAUGUGGGAGAGUUCGAGCAGGAAUUGGGCAAGCUUCAGCAGACGAUCACGGAAUCCAAGCAGGAAGUAACCUCAUACAAAGGCCUCGUACUCAAGUUCAAGAAGGCGAACGAAGAAAAAUCGGCCAUGAUGAGGCACCUGGCGGACGAGGUUCCGCGUUCUAUUGGGCAGUACCAGCAUGAGGUGAGAUCGCUACAACGGCUAGUGCUGCUGGCCAAACAGCAAUCUCAGGAGCAGAAGGAAAAGUUGAAAGAGUUGAUGGAGGUCAUGUCGCGUGUCAUGGGUUGA